AUGGAAGCAGAAACAGGGAGCCCCAUGGAGACUGGAAAGGGGACCAACCGAGGCAUUCGAAUUGCACUGGCCCUGUUCAUUGGUUGCACCCUGGUGUUAGGCACACUGCUCUUUCUAGUGAGUCAAGGUCUCCUAAGCUUCCAAGCUAAACAGGAAUACUGUCUGAAGCCAGAGUGCAUAGAAGCCGCUGCCGCCAUCAUGAGCAAAAUAAAUCUUUCUGUGGAUCCUUGUGAAAAUUUCUUCCGGUUUGCUUGUGAUGGCUGGAUAAACAAUAACCCAAUUCCUGAAGAUAUGCCAAGCUAUGGGGUUUAUCCUUGGCUGAGACACAAUGUUGAUCUCAAGUUGAAGGCACUUCUGGAGAAAUCAGUCAGUCGAAGGCGGGACACUGAUGCUGUACAGAAAGCCAAAAUCCUUUAUUCAUCCUGCAUGAAUGAGAAAGCAAUUGAAAAAGCAGACGCCAAGCCACUGCUCCACAUCUUGCGGCAUUCACCUUUCCGCUGGCCUGUGCUUGAAGCUAAUAUUGGUCCUGAAGGGGUUUGGUCAGAGAGAAAAUUCAGUCUACUGCAAACACUUGCAACAUUCCGCGGUCAAUACAGCAAUUCUGUGUUCAUCCGUUUGUAUGUGUCCCCUGAUGACAAGGCAUCCAAUGAACAUAUCUUGAAGUUGGACCAAGCAACACUCUCCCUGGCUGUGAGGGAGGACUUCCUUGAUAACAGUACUGAAGCCAAAUCUUAUCGGGAUGCCCUUUAUAAGUUCAUGGUGGACACUGCUGUGCUUUUAGGAGCUAAUAGCUCUCGAGCUGAACAUGACAUGAAGUCAGUGCUUAGAUUGGAAAUUAAGAUAGCUGAGAUAAUGAUUCCACAUGAAAACCGAACCAGUGAGGCUAUGUAUAACAAAAUGAAUAUCUCAGAACUGAGUGCUAUGAUUCCUCAGUUUGACUGGCUGGGCUAUAUCAAGAAGGUCAUUGAUACCAGACUCUACCCACACUUGAAAGACAUCGGCCCCUCGGAGAAUGUGGUGGUCCGCGUCCCACAAUACUUUAAAGAUUUGUUUAGGAUACUAGGCUCUGAGAGGAAGAAAACCAUUGCCAACUAUUUGGUGUGGAGAAUGGUUUAUUCCAGAAUUCCAAACCUAAGCAGGCGCUUUCAAUAUAGAUGGCUGGAAUUCUCAAGGGUAAUCCAGGGGACUACAACUCUGCUGCCUCAGUGGGACAAAUGUGUUAACUUUAUCGAAAGUGCUCUCCCUUAUGUUGUGGGGAAAAUGUUUGUGAAUGUUCACUUCCAGGAAGAUAAGAAGGAGAUGAUGGAAGAAUUGAUUGAGGGUGUUCGCUGGGCCUUUAUUGACAUGCUGGAGAAAGAAAACGAAUGGAUGGAUCCAGCGACAAAAAGAAAAGCUCAAGAAAAGGCAAGAGCUGUUUUGGCAAAAGUUGGCUAUCCAGAGUUUAUAAUGAAUGAUACUCAUGUUAAUGAAGACCUCAAGGCAAUCAAAUUUUCAGAAUCGGACUACUUUGGCAAUGUACUGCAAACCCGCAAGUAUUUAGCACAGUCUGAUUUCUUCUGGCUAAGAAAAGCUGUUCCCAAAACAGAGUGGUUUACAAAUCCAACAACAGUCAAUGCCUUUUAUAGUGCAUCAACCAACCAGAUACGAUUUCCAGCUGGUGAGCUGCAGAAGCCUUUCUUUUGGGGAACAGAAUACCCUCGAUCCUUGAGUUAUGGUGCUAUAGGAGUAAUUGUUGGACAUGAAUUCACACAUGGAUUUGAUAAUAAUGGUAGAAAAUAUGAUAAAAAUGGAAACCUUGAUCCUUGGUGGUCUGCGGACUCAGAAGAAAAGUUUAAGGAAAAAACCAAGUGCAUGAUUAACCAGUAUAGCAGCUAUUAUUGGAAGAAAGCUGGCUUAAAUGUGAAAGGGAAGAGGACCCUGGGAGAAAAUAUUGCUGAUAAUGGAGGUCUACGAGAAGCUUUUAGGGCUUACAGGAAAUGGAUAAAUGACAGAAGACAAGGAGUUGAAGAGCCUCUCCUACCAGGCAUCACAUUCACCAACAACCAGCUCUUCUUCUUGAGUUAUGCUCAUGUGAGGUGCAAUUCGUACAGACCAGAAGCUGCCAGAGAACAAGUCCAAAUUGGUGCUCACAGUCCUCCACAAUUUAGGGUCAAUGGUGCCAUUAGCAACUUUGAAGAAUUUCAGAAAGCUUUUAACUGUCCAAAGAAUUCCACCAUGAACAGAGGCGUGAAUUCCUGUCGACUCUGGUAGCUGGAGUGCUGGUUUCUACAGUCCUGACAGAGCUGAGGAGUGCCAGUAGAGGUGGCUCUGAUGUACUGAGCCCCCACUGCUUUCUGCCUUUA